AUGGCGCGCGCGCGCGUCGUCGCGACGGGACGACGGGCGAUGGGCGGCGCGGGCGGACGCGCGCGGGGUGUUCGACGCGCGGUGCGCGCGGCGCUGCCGCCGGCGAACGAGAUCGCUGGAUUCGUCGUCGGCGCGGCGCUCGUGGGAAUGUGCGUCGCGGGAACGCGGUUGGAUGGGUUCAUCGCGCGCGCGCAGGCGCGCGGGUUGGAGGACGGGUCGGGGGCGCGGAGGCGGACGGUGACGCGGCGGGACGGGAGCGGUGGGGGGGGCGUGUUCGUGGUCCCGGAUGACGAUGAGGUGGAGGAUGGAGCGGGGGGGUAG